AUGUCUGGUGAUCAACUCAAUGCCGAGUUUGAAACUGCCUGUAGGAGAGGAAAUUUAAAUGGUUUUCUAACAAUAAUGAAUAUUAUUUCCAAUCAAGAAGAUAGAUUUACCUUGAUUAACACACCAGUUUUUAGAAAUUUUUCUCCACCACCAAUGUAUACAGUUUGGAAUGGACACUUUUCAAUGUUUUCCUAUUUGAUAGAUCAUAAUUUGGUAAAUUUUGAAAUGACUGAUGAAACUGGAAAUACAUAUCUGCAUAUUGCUGCAUUGAAAGGAGAUUUGAAUUUCAUUAACAAGCUACUCAAUUUAGAUGAAGCUGAUGUUCUUGUUAAUAAGAAAGAUUUUGUGGGAAAAACUGCUUUCGAAUUGGCAGAACAACGAAACCGAAUGGACAUUGCAACCAUGAUUCGUUCCAUCAAAUAUUCAAAGAAACUCCAUACAGCUUUAUUUAACCAAUUUUCAAAAGGAAAUUUAUCAGAUAUUCAAUUUAUUGUGGAAUAA